AUGAGAAGGUUUGCUGUAACGAGUUUGCGUCAAACCAGUGGUCUUCGUUUUGCAACACCACAGUUCCUUAAGAGUAUUGAAAAGCUCCGAAAUAUUGGUAUUAGUGCUCACAUUGAUAGUGGCAAAACAACAUUAACAGAACGUCUUUUGUUUUACAGUGGUCGAAUUAAUAAAAUCCAUGAAGUAAAAGGAGGGACAGAAGUUGGGGCUACAAUGGACUCCAUGGAACUUGAGAAAGAAAGAGGUAUUACAAUUCGUUCUGCAGCAACUUAUUUUAAAUGGAAAGAUAAUGUUGUAAACGUUAUCGAUACUCCUGGGCACGUUGAUUUCACUGUAGAAGUUGAGCGAGCUCUUAGAGUUCUUGAUGGUGCUAUUAUGCUAAUGUGUGGUGUAGGUGGGGUUCAAAGUCAAACACUUACAGUAGAUCGUCAAAUGAGACGAUAUGGAGUUCCACGUAUUUGUUUUAUCAACAAACUUGACCGUGAUAAUGCUAAUCCUCAACGUGCACUCAAGAUGGCUAAAGAGCGUUUGGGUAUAAAUGCUGCUUUUAUUCAACUAAAUAUGGGUACAGCACAAGAUUUUGAAGGUAUCGUAGAUGUUAUUGAACGUCGUGCCGUGUAUUUUGAUGGACCAAAUGGUGAAACAGUAAGAUUUGAAGAUGUUCCUACCUACAUAAAAGAUGAUGUUGAAGCUACAAGAAAAGAACUUAUUUCACGACUUGCUGAAUGUGACAGUGAAAUGGAAGAUGUUUUUUUAAAUGAUGAAGAACCAUCAAUAGAAUUAAUUCAUGCUGCUAUUCGUCGUGCUACUAUUAAUAAUAAAUUUGUUCCUGUUCUUAUGGGUUCUGCUUACCGAAAUAAAGGAGUGCAACUUCUUCUUGAUGCUGUAUGCAGAUACCUUCCUUCACCAAUUGAAAGAGUAAAUUCUGGAUUUUCGUUGAAAAAGGUAAAAGAUGAUGAAGGUAAUGUUUUUAAUGUAAAAGAAGAAAAAAUUGAAUUAAAAACAGAUGAUGAACAACCACUUGUUGCACUUGUUUUUAAACUUGAAGAAACAAAGAAAACAGGACUUUCAAAUUACGUUCGUGUUUAUCAAGGUAAAAUGCGAAAAGAACAUCUUGUAAACGUUCGAAGUGGUAAAACCUUUUUACCACCUAAAAUUGUGAGAAUGCACGCCGAUUCUGCAGAGCAAGUAGAUGAAAUAAAAGCAGGAGAUAUUUGUGCUAUUCAAGGUGAAAUUGAUGCAACUUCGGGUGAUACACUUAUGAAAGCAGGUCCAAGAAAUGGACCUUUACUCUCAUGUGAAGAUAUGUAUGUUCCUCCACGAGUUAUUUCAGCUUCUGUUAAGAUAAAGAAUGAUCGUGAUAUGAACAGAUUACGUGACCGUAUGAGUGCAUUUAUGCGGGAGGAUCCAACAUUUGCUUUCUAUAGAAAUCCAGAAACCAAUGAAGAUAUAGUAGAAGGAAUGGGAGAAUUACAUCUUGAUAUUUAUAUUGAACGUUUAAAACGUGAAUAUGGUCUGGAAGUUGAACUUGGAAAACCAACUGUAAAUUAUAGGGAGGUAAUUACAGAGAAAAAAGAAUUUGAUUUUGUCUACAAGCGACAAAGUGGUGGUGCUGGUCAAUGGGCUCAAUUAAAGGGAUUUAUUGAUAUUCUUCCAAUUGAUAUGUCAGUUGAAAAGGGUAUGAAAAACAAAAUUACAGUUACUUGCUCUAAUGGUGAUAUCCGUGAGGCUCUACAAAAAUCAGUAAUAAAACAGCUUGAACGUAAAAUCUUUGUAAAAGGUGAAUUAAUGGCAGCACCGGUUUGGGGUGUACACUUUCACCUUACCGGUGGAGCUAUGCAUGAAGUGGAUUCAACAGAUAUGGCUUUCAAAAAUGCUACACAAGAGCUAUGGGAAACGCUAUUACCUCAGCUUAAACCAACACUUGUGGAACCUUAUAUGGAUGUUGAGAUUACAGUUCCUGCACAUUGCAUGACGGAUGUGGCUACAGAAUUUUCUAAACGUGAAGGAGUCGUUACUGAAACAUCUAUUAAUGGAGCAGAUGCAGUAAUUCAUGGAGAGACGGCGCUGGAUACUAUGUUCGGAUUUAUCUCAGAUCUCAGACGACUUACCAAGGGUCAGGGUGAUUUUGGUAUGCAGUUCAAAGAGUACCGACCUAUGCAGCAGUACAAGGCACAAUCUCGAAUGGAUGAGCGCAACAAGGAACUUGGUCGCAAAAUCUACAAACUUAGCGGGGAAUAA